GAGUCACGGAGGGAAAAAGAAAACACGAAGAGGAUCAAUUUAAUGGUGACGUGAGUUUUUGCUACUUUUUUUUUCCCCGUUUAAUGAUAGAGUUUCGGAUGUUCUAGUCAAACAACUGCAGAACAGAUUUCCAGUUUUCCAGAGCGAUCUUGGGAGUGGUCCAGGAAGUCUGACCUCGAAUUCCAGAAAAACUACAGCCAAACAUCUUCCCCAUGUCUGCUCCUGCUUAUCCGAUGAGUCAACCUGGUGGCCACUCUGUGGCCCCUUACCCUGUCAAUCAGGGUGGCUAUGGAGACCCGAGUCAAGCCCCUCCCCCUGUCGGCUUUAACAUGGGCUACGCGCCAAACCACCCUGUCAUGUAUCAGCCGGGCCCAGCUCCAGGACCAGGAUACGGGGGGCCCUCAGGGGCACCUGUACAGGUCGCACCCGCCCCUUCACCUAUGGUUGCUGUUGGAGUCCCACCGGGGCUGGAGUACCUCACACAGAUUGACCAGAUUCUGAUUCAUCAAAAAGUGGAACUCCUGGAAGCGUUGAUUGGGUUUGAGACAAACAACCAGUAUGAGAUCAAGAACAGUCUUGGCCAGAAAAUCUACAAGGCCAAGGAGAAGAACGACUGCUGCACCAGGAACUGCUGUGGCUCGCUGCGCAGCUUUGACAUGAAAAUCAAGGACAACAUGGACAGAGAAGUCAUACGUCUCAUACGUCCCUUCCGCUGCGUCUCCUGCUGGUGUCCCUGCUGCCUGCAAGAGAUGGAGGUCCAAGCCCCACCAGGCACUACCAUUGGCUACGUGAAGCAAGACUGGCACCCUUUCAUACCUCGCUUUUCCAUCCAGGAUGCUAACAAGGUUACCCUGAUGAAACUGGAGGGACCCUGCUUCGCCUGUAACUGCUGUGGCGAUGUCACCUUUCAGCUGAAAUCGAAAGAUGGCGGCGGGCCCAUUGGCCGAAUUACCAAACAAUGGAGCGGCCUUUUGAAGGAAGUUUUUACAGACGCUGACAACUUUGGCAUCCAGUUCCCGCUGGACAUGAAUGUUAAAAUGAAAGCGGUGUUAUUGGGAACCUGCUUCCUCAUUGACUUCAUGUUCUUUGAGAAAGUUGGGGACGCAAACCAGCGCAGCACCGUGUUUUCAUAACAGAAGAAAAAGGGGCACGAGAAGAACUUUAUCCAUUUAUGCAUUCUUUGUCCAUUUGCAAUAUUUUGCAAUAUUUUUUUUUUGCUCCUUCAUUUGGUAACCCUGUGCCAUUAUGGUGCCAAUCCCAGGAUCUGAUACACAAAAUUCCAUUUGAGAUUCCGAGUUGUAAUGUCCACUGUAGAUUUUAUUCUUCUUGUGUUUUGAUCUUCAAAAGACAGAGUAACAGAGUGUCUACCAUGUGGAAAUUAUUUCUGUCCUUUUUUCCAGCUCCGGCUGCCAAAGAGUCAAAUUUGCCAUCAGUGUCUUUGGAAGUACCUCAGAAUAGAGGGAAGCUUUGAAUGGCCAUUAUGCUGCACCAGCGUUGACAUUUUAUUUUUAUUCCAUACUUUUAAUUUCUGUUUUGACCAAAAGAGGCGACGACACUAACAAAUACAAAAAAAAUCCCACCCAAAUUUAUUUAACAAUAGGUCAUUGUAUGAAAAAUGCUCUGAAAAAUGGGUUUUGAGGGAAAAAAAAAGCUUGCAAACAGAGAACACAAACAACUCCAACCUGCAUCACAUUCAACUAAAUUGAUAACGUGUCUGUUGCAAAUUCACAAAACGUGCCCAAUAAAGGGUCACUUGGUUUGGCUGGAGCCGAGUGGUCAAUGGGUGAGAGGCGGGGGUACACCCAGAACAGGCUGCCAGUCUAUCACAGGGCUGAUGCGUAUAUGAACACAUUCUCACUCACAGACCUAUGGCCAAUAUAGAGUCACCUAUUCACCAAACCUGCAUGUUUUUAGAAAUGCAAACGGGAGGAAAACAUGUAAACUCCAUACAAACGGCAGGUCCCAGACUCCAGUCUGAUCUGGUCUCUUUUUGAGUGUGUGGAGUUAUGAAUUUGCAAUAGACACAUUAUCAAAUUAAAUUUGUUGCAUAUGCUGCAGUUACCAGUUUGCAAGUAUGUUUUUGAUAGAAGUACUUGUUGAAUUGGUGCAGGUUUUUUUUUUUUUUGCGCUUAUAAGUGUAGUCUUUCAUGGCCACCGUAUUUAUCUUAUACUUAUCAAUAUAAACUUGUAAGAAUUGGAGCAGUACUAUUGUGGAUGUAGAAGCUGUUUAAGUGACUUUUUUAAACAAGUACAAUAACAUGCUAUAAUGCUGAUCAUAAUCCAGUUGUUUUUGUUGCAUUUCUUUUUUUUUUUUUUUUUUUUUUUUUUUAUCCUGUUGGCUGAAGCAGUACUUAUCACAUUGCUUUGCUGCUUCCACUCCGUCCUCUCGUCUCCUGUAGAUAAUCUAACUGACCUCCUUAAUUUAGAGUUUGGCGUAAAUGCUCCCUCACUUGUUUUCACUUGACAAGUUGCUACGGAGACUGAUCGCAAUGCAGCCUCCAGUUCUCCAGAUUUCGCUGCACUGAAGCGGCGCCAGCAGGACAUUGAAGGCAGAGCGAAAGCGGCGAAAGGUCAAAAGCAAGAGGAACUU